GAUCCAACGCCCCACCAUAACACGUGGUAAGAAGGUCGUCUCUGAUUGGCCGGACCGAAACGUCCCCGAUCCAAGAUGGCGCAGUCCCGUGUGGAGCACGUCGUCGCAGACGCGGCAGCUUUUUUGAAUAAAGUUCCUCUCCAGGACAUCGCGAAGAACGUGUACACGCUGAAGGACGUCGUGGACGAGAUCCGGGACAAAGCCACCAGGAGGAGUCUGGCCUUCCUUCCCUACCAGCUCGACCUCAGACAGCCUCGAGCGGAACACGUCCGAUUGGUGACGGAGUUCUCCAAGAAGACGGGAGAUUAUCCCGGCCUGUCGUCCACGGACAUCAAGGUUGUGGCGCUGACGUUGCAGCUGGAAGAGGAACACGUGGGAACGCAACACUUGCGCAAGGAGCCCCGCCUCCAGGUUCACGUGAGCGGCACGCGGCGCCACCCGGAGACGCCCGUCAGCGUGGCAGGAUUCCACUUCCCCUCCGAGAAGUCUAGCCACGCCGCCCACCCCGAGACACUCGCGGCAGACUCCUCGAACGUCUCGCGGGAAUCGUGCGACUCGUCCGCCGACUCCUUCAACAGUUUCCAGUUCUGGAGAGAAGUUCUUCCGAGCAUCGAGGCGGACCUGCGCACUUUGUUGGGGGAAGAUGGCGGCCAGGAAGAAGAGGCAGAGGAGAAUGAAAAUGAAGAGGAGGAGGAGGAGGAGGAGGAGGAGGAGGACGAUGACGAUGACGACGGUGGAGGAGGUUGGAUCACACCCAGCAACAUCGAGCAGAUGAAGAUGGACUCGUGUGAUUGGACGACAGCCGGCCAGGUCAAAGUGGGAUGUAUGACCACGGACUUCGCCAUGCAGAACGUUCUGAUCCAGAUGGGCCUCCACGUUGUGUCGAUGAACGGAAUGUUGAUCAAACAGGCUCGCAAUUACAUCCUCAGAUGUCACGCCUGCUUCACGACCACGAGCAACAUGAGCAAACAGUUCUGUCCGAAGUGUGGCAACCGAACGCUGAAGAAGGUCAGCGUCAGCGUCAACGAGGACGGACAAGUGCACAUGCACUUCUCCAAAAACCCCAAAGUGCUCAACACACGCGGCCUCAGGGUGAAAACGCGCACACGCACGUUCGACAUUCUUUGCCUUUGCCGCAGGGCGGCAAACACUGCCGGAACCCGCACCUUUGCGAGGACCAGCGUUUCCCUCAGCAGCGUCUGUCUCGCAAAGCUCGGCAGAAGACGGACGCCUCGGACCCGGACUACGCGGCGGGCGGCGCCUCGCCCUUCUGCCAGAAUGACGUCUACAGCCGCGCCGCCGGCCUCAAGCUCCGAGACGCCGACAGCGGCGCCGGACGCCGCAGGGCCAACCCCAACGCCGCUCGCGUCAAGUACACCAAAUGAACUCCAAUCAUUGUCCCAGUUUUGGGGGGAGGGUGACAUCAUUCAAAAGGGUUUUAGCACAUCCAGGAAGUUCACCUUUCAUCUUGAAUUAUUGUGACCAUGACCACAAAGCAGCCAAUGUGGAGUCAGCUCUCUGAGUUGUAUUUGAUUUCAUUUUCAUUAAAAAAAAAUCUACUCAAAUUUU